CAAGAAGACGGACUGAAAACAUGGCAAUGCCGUCGAUCUUUAUAUUCCUGAGCUUGUGUGUCAUCAUCUCCCAGGAGGCUUCAGUAAGCUAUGGACCCUUUGAAAAUGGAAAUCCUGUGACCUUUAUGGGAUUCAAUAAUAAUCUUGGCACCUAUAUCGAGUACAAAGGUCAAGCUAGAAUCGACCUUGGCCAACAUUCCUGGCGAGUUGCCUAUGACAUUGAAGUAUACUACAUCAGCCAAGAAUUAUUUCUUAACGGUUUUAAAGCUAUUAACAAAUACGUUAUUUUACCGGAGUGGCGCGAACUGGCAGCCGAUUCUAAUACAAAUACGUUAUUAGACACCUUUCAUCAAUUAAGUACGAUUAAUGACAAAAUGACUACGCAAUUAUACAUAAAUUUAAAUGGCCCUUGGAACACUCUUAGGAAUCAAGUAAAAGAGUUUUCGGAAAACCCCGAUGGUAAUUUUACCAAUAUAAUAUUAUUCAUUAAUCUCAGACAUGUGGCUUCGAUUAUGGAAAGAGCAGCAAGUCGUCUUCUUGAAAAAAUUAAGUCCGCACAACUUAAUAAUUCAUUUCCAUUGAAUACAAGAGUUUUGGACGAGAUCAUGACAGAAUUUAACAUCACGAUGUCUGAUUUCCAUAAGAGCGCCACAAUAAAGGUUGGGAAACUGAACAAUAAAACACUGGCCUUCGAUUAUAAAAUUCCAAAGAUCGAUAGCCAACCGUUUAAUAUUUACCGUUUGACACCCAUCCCAAAAGUGCAUCGGAAUGGCACAAUCGAGAUUUUGGAUACCGGUGCCCCCUACCUCGCUGUCAAUAAUAUGAGGGACAGGUAUUUCGGACUCCACGACUUGAAAAACUGCCUAGAGCUGGAAAAUAAUACAUUUAUUUGCAAGCCACCUAUAAUAUAUAAAAUAAAAAAUGCAGAGGAUCUUCCCUGCGGUGUGGCUGCUGUCCUAAAUCAGUCGUCCUCUACCUGUACAUCCCAUCUUGUUGUGCGACAAUCUUUAUUGACAGCACUUCUCGCACCAAAUUCCUGGAUGGUGACUGUUACAAAAGAGGCGCCUUUGCUUGGUCUCUGCUCCGCUGAUAAUUAUGAGAAUGAACUUAAGAUAAACAGUAGCGGUAUCCUUAGGAUUCGAGGCGACUGCACCAUCCGGUUGGGCACAUCUGUUGUGCUUCGAGGAGAGCGCCGGGACUGGAGAGAUUCAAAUCUGGAAUACGCAUCUCUGCAGACUAAAACCGAAACUGCCAUGAAUGUUGAUCUCUUCCAAUCGCACGUUGACCAAGUUAUUCGGGACUCAAUAAAGAAGCUAAAGGAGGAGCAAAUACAACCGGGAACCAUUUAUUAUCCAUAUGUCAUCGGUGCAGGUGUUCUGCUUACAAUUCUCCUGUUUAUGGCCCUACUUUAUAGGCACCUACGCCCACAUCCCCGAAAUGAUGGACUAAACGGCGCAUUCCAAAAGCUACGCGUUGACUUCCGCACCCGAUCGGGAAAGGCUGAUACCAACACAGAAUAGAGUUAGUUUUUGUGUCGAUUAUAAUACAGAUUUAUUUGUUUGGUUUUAAAUUGCAAUAAAUAUUAGUUAGUUACUCUCUUCAUGUA